ACCCUAAUUUCCCGACUCUCUCUCUGCAAUCCGACCUUUCUUUCUCCCCCACCACCACCAGCGCCUUCUCCGACGAUCACCACCACCACCACUGCCUCCCGGUUCUCCGACGACCACCACCACUAGCGUAUCUCGGCUCUCCGACGACCACCACCAGCAGCAGCGGCUCCCAAUUCUCCGACGACCACCACCACUUGCGCCUCCCGAUUCUCCAACCACCACCAUCGCAACCAGGCCUCCCGGCUCUCCGAAGACCACCACCACCAGCGCCUCCCGGCUCUCCGACGACCACCAGCAAAGCCGCUCUCUCUAUCGGUUUAGGCGUCGCCACAAAAUACAAUACAUUACGGCGUCGUAUUACGAUCUCUCUCUUCAUCGGUAAUGGCAGCAGCGACGUUCAGAUACUUGGUACAGCUACACAAGGACGUUCCAAAAGCGGCGAGAUUCUACUCAGAGGGAUUGGGCUUCACCAUUGACGUUUGCACUCUCCGAUGGGCCGAGCUCCAUUCGGGCCCUCUCAAGCUCUCCCUCCUGCAUUCCCCCAGCGACCAUGUUGAGAGCAAGGGCUACUCAUCACUACUAUCAUUUACAGUAACCGACAUCAAUAGCACUGUAACGAAACUGAUGUCUUUAGGCGCCGAAUUGGACGGUCCGAUUAAAUACGAAGUCCACGGAAAGGUGGCAGCAAUCCGGUGUGCUGAUGGACACGUCUUAGGUCUUUACGAGCCUGCUUAAAAAUUCCCGUUUGAGCGUAUGUAUUCUGCAGAGCAUCAUAUAAUUUUGUGUUCUCGGUAUGUAUUGCAAUCCCCAAAUCGAAUCCAUUCCAUUAAUUCAUUUGGUACCGAUUUUUUUUCUUUCCUUCUUUCGUUUCUGUUGUUGUAGGUACAUGUAUAAAUAGUGGUUAUUUUUGCUGCUUCA